UUACGGAAAAUCAAAUCCCUCACCUGGGCCCAAAACCCUAGCUAUAUAAUUCGAGGAGUACACGUCCUCACCUCCAUUGCUAGGGUUUUCCAAGCGUCAGACGCAACUAAUUCUUCUGUGUCGUCUUAUUUCCCAAAGCCAUGUCGAGGAGAAAGACCAGAGAGCCCAAGGAAGAGAAUGUCACUCUAGGACCUGCCACUAGAGAUGGAGAACUAGUGUUUGGCGUGGCCCACAUUUUUGCUUCAUUCAACGACACCUUCAUUCACGUGACUGAUUUGUCUGGUAGGGAAACCAUGGUUCGUAUUACAGGUGGUAUGAAGGUAAAGGCUGACAGGGAUGAGUCUUCCCCAUAUGCAGCUAUGCUUGCAGCACAGGAUGUCUCUCAACGAUGCAAGGAACUUGGGAUUAAUGCACUUCAUAUUAAGCUUCGAGCAACUGGUGGGAACAAAACUAAGACCCCUGGUCCUGGUGCACAGUCUGCACUUAGAGCCCUUGCACGUUCAGGCAUGAAGAUUGGUCGCAUAGAGGACGUGACUCCAAUUCCUACCGACAGCACUCGGAGAAAGGGUGGCAGAAGGGGAAGGAGGCUGUGACUUGCCCUCUCUUCUGGCGUACUUAUGGCUUUCUAUUGGAUCUCUUAAGUUGCAAGUUUGUCUUUUCCUUUUAGUGCCAAAACAUUAUGUAGUUUAAAAGAAUUUUGUCGACAUUCAAUCAUCUGGAGUGUUGAUAAUUAGGAAUAUUGAUUUUGAUGGAAUUCUAGCUAAAUACCAUAUGCCUUCUGCUCUUCUA